AUGGUUAGAAGCAAUUUGGUUCUGUCGCUCUUGGCGAGCGCUGGAGCUGUCUCUGCGGCAGCUUCUCGCCAGGCCAUCAAGGUUGUUCCUGGAUCAUACAUUGUUGAAUUCGAGGACACAGAGGACUCGGCAAACUUCUUUAGCCAUGCCAGCUCCGUCAGCGAGACAACAAAGACCUAUGACUCGCCACUCUUCAAGGGUGCCGCCAUCAAGUUUAAUGACCUCUCCACGGCAGACAGCGAGGCCAAGAACCUCUUGUCCUUGCCCAGUGUCAAGAAGGUCUGGCCGAACCGGGUUUACUCUCUGCCAGAGACCGAGGUUGUCUGGACGGGUUCCCCCGAGUCUGGUGCUCUGACCAAGAGACAAGACGACAAUACUACCGACACCUUUUCGCCCCAUGUCAUGACCCAGGUCGACAAGCUCCGUGCUCAGGGUAUCGUCGGUGAGGGUAUCAAGAUUGGUGUCAUUGACACUGGUAUUGACUAUACCCACCCGGCCCUCGGAGGUGGUUUCGGCCCAGGCUACCUGGUCAGCUACGGCUACGAUCUCGUUGGUGACGACUAUACUGGUUACAACACUCCAGUUCCGGAUGACGACCCGUAUGAUGGUUGCGCUGGACACGGUUCUCAUGUUGCGGGUAUCAUUGCCGCUCAGCCUAAUGAAUUGGGCUUUACUGGUACCGCUCCUGGUGUCACACUUGGUGCCUACCGUGUCUUUGGCUGCGACGGCAGCGCUGGCAAUGAUGUCCUCAUUGAGGCUUACCUCCGCGCGUACGACGAGGGCAGUCAAAUCAUUACCGCCUCCAUCGGUGGCUCUUCCGGAUGGAGCGAGGACCCCUGGGCCGUUGUCGUCUCCCGUAUCGUUGAGCAGGGUGUUCCUUGCACCGUCUCUGCCGGCAACAGUGGUGACUAUGGUCUGUUUUACGCCAGCACCGCUGCCAAUGGUAAAAAGGUUACUGCCAUUGCCUCGUUUGACAAUGUCGAGUCGCCCGCUCUGCUCACCGUCUCCAACUACACCGUCGACGGAGGCAGCAUUGAAAAGUUUGGCUACGCCGCUGGAGAGCCAAGCGACUGGGCUGGUGUAAACCUGCCCCUCUGGACUGCUUCCUACAACACCAGUGACACUGCCGGUGGUUGUGACGCUUACCCAACCGACACCCCUGAUCUGUCUGGCUACGUUGUCCUCAUUCGCCGUGGAACCUGUACCUUUGUCCAAAAGGCAACCAAUGCUGCCGCGUACGGUGCCAAGUACAUUUUGUUCUACAACAAUGUGGCUGGCGCUACUGCUGCCGCUGCCGACACUGUCGACGGUAUUCUCGCCGUCGGCAUGGUCACUGCUGACCAGGGAGUGACUUGGGUCAAUGCCCUCGCUGCUGGAUCCGACGUUGAGCUCGACUUUGAAGACCCCGAGACGGCCCCCGUCAACUUGACCACGACCCAAAACACCGUCACUGGAGGAUACCUCAGCACCUACACAUCUUGGGGUCCCACCUUCGAGGCCGAUGUCAAGCCCCAGGUCGGAUCUCCUGGUGGCAACAUUCUGUCCACUUGGCCCCAGACUCUUGGCUCUUAUGCCGUCCUUUCUGGAACAUCCAUGGCUUGCCCGCUUGUUGCUGCCGUUAUUGCUCUCGUUGCCGACGUCCGUGGCACAUUCGACCCCGCCGUCAUCGAGGCCCUCUUGGUCGCCACGGCCGCUCCGGCCAACCUCAACGAUGGCAGCGGCACCUAUGACAUUCUUGCUCCCGUCGCCCAGCAGGGUGCUGGUCUCGUCCAGGCUUUCGAUGCUGCCUAUGCCACCAUCAUCCCCAGCGUCUCCUACCUUGCAUUCAACGACACGGACAACUUUGUCAGCACUCUCAACUUUACCAUAACCAACACGGGAUCCGAGGAUGUCACCUACGACCUCAGCUCUGUCAGUGCCGCCACCGGAUACACCUUUUCCACCUCGAUUUACCCCGACAUCUUUCCCGGUAUCGAGUUUACCGACGAUGCUGCCACUGUCGCCUUUGGUGAGGACAAGGUUACCGUUGCUGCCGGCAGUGAUGCCGUCAUUUCUGUGACCGUUACUCCCCCUACCGUUGAUGCUACCCGCCUGCCCGUCUACUCUGGUUACAUUAACCUCAACGGCAGCAACGGUGACAGCCUCUCGCUGCCAUACCAGGGCAUUGUCGGUAGCCUCCACGACACCACUGUCCUCGCCGAUGGCUACCUCGCCCUGUCGACCGACUCUACCCUCGCCCCCAUCACGGGCAGCAACUCUAGCUUUGUCCUGUACAAGAAUGACGCCAACACGACCACGGUUGUCGAGCCCCUUGCCGUUUCCGACCUGGCCUUUGGCUCGCCUCUCGUCAAGUACGAGGUCAUUGACAGCAGCGAAACCAACCUGGGCCAAAUCCUGGGCUCCCCCAUUGAGUUUGCCUCGCGCGACCCCUGGUCGGCCGCCUGGAACGGUACCUUGGCCGACGGCACCUAUGCCCCGGCUGGUACGUACAAGUUCAAGAUUUCCGCUCUGCACAUUUUUGGCGAUGCCAGCGAUGAGUCCGAGUAUGAUGUUGCCGAGUCGGCCGAGUUUGCCAUUAGCUAUGCCAACUAA